CCUCCUCCAAACAGCCCUGCCUCCCAGCGGACCCACUGUGCCAUGCGCAUCGCUCCGACACUCAGUGUUGAGCAUGUGGGGCCCCUUAAAGAGAAGCGCCGAGUAGACGGCACAGAGUUUCUCCAUUGAAGAGUCACCGCAAUGAGGAACAGCGCCGAACCGGCACAAUGCGCUCCAGGCUCCCAGGGACCGCCUGCCUAUUGCGAACAAUUGGACUCUGCAUCCUCCUCUCGAACACUGCAGCUUACUUUGGGCUGACAGGCCGAGAGCCACUGGUGCUUUUACCAGGUCCAUUUUCCAAUGAAGCUCCAUCGGGGAAGGCCCACCUGAAGCAGUGCGAGCAGAUGAGUCUGACCAGGCGGCAGAAGAGGAUGUGCCGCAGAGAGCCCGGUUUAGCCGAGACGCUCCGGGAGUCGGUGCGCCUCGGCCAGUUGGAGUGUCGCUAUCAAUUCAGAAACGAGCGCUGGAACUGCACCUUGGAUGGCCGAGGAAGCCUCCUAAAAAGAGCAUUUAAGGAGACUGCCUUCCUUCUGGCUGUGUCCUCCGCUGCUCUAACCCAUGCACUCGCCAAAGCUUGCAGCUCAGGCCGGAUGGAGAGGUGCACGUGUGACGACUCCCCUGGGAUCCAGCACAGAGAAGCGUGGCAAUGGGGGGUCUGUGGAGACAACCUGAAAUACAGCACCAAGUUCCUCAAAAAGUUCCUCGGCCAAAAGAGGGUCAGCAAAGACCUUAGGGCGCAGGUCGAUGCCCACAACAUCAACGUUGGUAUCCGGGCAGUGAAGAGUGGGCUGAAAACAACCUGCAAAUGUCACGGAGUCUCCGGCUCCUGUGCCGUACGGACUUGCUGGAAGCAGCUGUCCCCUUUCCAUGACACUGGGCGGCUGCUGAAGUAUAGAUACGACAACGCCGUGAGAGUGUUGAGCGUCACCAACGCGGCCACAGGAGAAACUGAGCUCGCGGGGCCCAGACGCCAUGGCCAGAGCCCCAGGAACACCGACCUGGUCUACCUGGAGGACUCCCCCAGCUUCUGCAGGCCUUCCCGCUACUCGCCUGGCACGGGGGGCCGGUCGUGCACCAAGGACACGAGCUGUCAGAGUCUGUGCUGUGGACGCGGCUACAACACGGCCAUGCGGCUCACCAGCCUAUCCUGCCACUGCCAGGUGCGCUGGUGCUGCCAUGUGGAGUGCCAGACAUGCGUGAGGGAAGAGGAGGUGUACACCUGCAAGAAUGCAUAAACAAACAUUUGGAGAAAGGAGAUGAUCUGAUGAAGCAGUGGGGAGGAAAAAAAAAAGACAAAACUCUGACCUUCAUGGGUACUCCACUGCAGAAUGUCACGUCAAAGCAUGUGUCUGCAAAUAUCACUUAAGACUUGCAUGAUAUUUUGGGAGAAAAACACUAAUGUGCCACUACGAUACUGUUGGUUCUUUGCUAAUCAUCAGAUUACAAUAGAUGAUGAUGUUUCCAGACUACUCUACUUCUCCCUAGCUGGAUGCACUGAAAUCUCACUUUUUCUACAAAAGAGGGAAUGGAAUCAAGAUCCUCAAAAUGGGAACCAGACUGGAUCUUACCAGCAGUAUGAACUCUGACACUGACUGAUUGAUGUGGUAUUCAGCCUCCCAUAUUUUACUAUUUAUUGUGCCACUUUCUGUGCCUCACAUACUGCUGCUUUAUGCAUUAAAUCUUGUAAUCAAGUAUUGCCAAAAAGGCUGUAAAGGAGUUAAGAUGACUCCGCCUGCCUGUCUCUGACUGCUGUGGAGAACUUUUAAAGUUCUGUUCUGAGUAAAAGCACUUAAGUUGCUCUUGCUACAUAUUAUACCAAAUUAAUUAUUGAUGCUGGGGUCUAACAUGCCUAGAUAGAAUCACUGGAAGCUUUAUGGUGGCUCGCACCACUGACAUACCUUAUUGUGUGCAUUAACAGGGUUAUCGUGUACAGAAAGAAGCUUUGUGUUUUCAGUUGCUCUUAUGGAAAUGUCUAUGGAAAUGUGCUGUUGAGAACAAAGGGAGAUUAGCACACUGCUGGAAACACUGACCACUCUCUGAAAUCCAACUUAAUUUGGGGGCAUGCCAGCUCUGUUUUUCUCUAAUUGUAGGUAUUUACAGAAGUAUACAUUUUUCUAUACUUUCAAGUAUAAAAUUAAAUCGGCAGAAUAUUUGCUCUUUGAGUCCAAAUUAGCCGCAUCUUUUGUUCUGCAUGCCUUUGAAGUGAAUCAGUCACGCUCCCUAUUUUCCCUAAUUGCUAAUCAAAGAAAAUGACCACGUUUACUCCACCACCACCCCCCUUACAUCCAGCUCAGCGUCCAUGUGUGCUGGUGGAAAGUGCAUGCUGGACCCCAGAGUGUCUGUUUUUAUUGGGCCGUUUCAUGCUUCGUUGGACUGCCUCUGAACUGCAGAUGAGCUAUGAAUAUAACUCACAUCGGGGCUCCAGGCGUCUGACAAUGUGGAGUUGUAAUUUUUCUACCUCACUUCAACUUUUGGCAAAUAUCAGUAAGAUUUAUGAGCUAUGCAGAGUUUUCUUCUCUGUAGAUACAUGCCUUUCCCUCUGCAUUUGGUUGAAAUAUCUUUUAGAUGUCUGUGCAGGUUCUUUGAAUGUGGAAUUAUGUGUAAUUGUUUUUUUUUUUCUGUUUCUGUUUUGAAACUUUGUUGCUUUACACUUUUUUAUUUAAAACAAAACAAAU